UGUCAUUUGUACUCGGCCGGUAGGGGGGCGCCCGGCCGAUUCGGUCAUGGCACCGAGAGCGGACAGCCGCCAAGUACUCCCACCGUUCUCCCAAGUUUCUCUCCAGUGACUGCGGAGGGGAAGGGCGGGGCUUUUGCUCUGCGUUCCGCACCCCGCCGCAUCACAGAGAUGUAGGGCUCCUAUGUCUUAUCCCUCCCGCCCUGUUCCCGAGUGCCCGCUAGAGCGUCUCCUCGCCGUUUCCUGUCGCCCAGGGACCGGGGAAGGGGGGGGAAACUCACGAGCCUGUCUGGCGCGUAGACGCCGGAAGUGUUGGGUGAGAAAUCGGAAGUGAGGGGGCGGGGCCAGGAAGUGAGGAGGGGCGGGGGUUUAUGAGGAGGCCAGGGAAGCGUUGGGGUGGAUUUGCACUCAGGGCCACCUGAGGGAGUUGGCGAUAGCGUUCAGCUUUUUCCCUUGCCCACGCAGAGACACGGUUGUCGUCUGGGAGUAGGGAGCUCUGUGUGGAGGGGUGGGUUGUCAGAAGAACAUUUCUCAGGCGGCACUUGAAGCGAGCUGUGGAGAGGCAGGGCUGGGGGUGGGGCCGGGUCGCCAGGGCGUCUGAGAGGGAAGACCCCCCGCCCCCCUCCCCGCCCCCACCGUACAUCUAAACUGGCUGACUGGACGCUAAGAUGGCUGCCGUUGCCAUGACACCCAACCCUGUGCAGACCCUUCAGGAGGAGGCGGUGUGCGCCAUCUGCCUCGAUUACUUCACGGACCCCGUGUCCAUCGGCUGCGGGCACAACUUCUGCCGAGUGUGUGUAACCCAGUUGUGGGGCGGGGAGGAUGAAGAGGACAGGGACGAGUUAGACCGGGAGGAGGAGGAGGAGGAGGACGGAGACGAGGAAGAAGUGGAGGCUGUGGGAGCCGGCGGGGGGUGGGACACCCCCAUGCGGGACGAAGACUAUGAGGGCGAUAUGGAGGAGGAGGUCGAGGAGGAAGAAGAGGGAGUGUUCUGGACCAAUGGCAUGGGCGGGUCUAACUGGGACAACAUGGACUACGUGUGGGAGGAGGAGGACGAGGAGGAAGACCUGGACUACUACUUGGGGAACAUGGAGGAGGACCUGAGGGGGGAGGAUGAGGAGGACGAGGAGGAGGUACUGGAGGAGGAUGAGGAAGAGGAGCUAGAUCCCGUCACCCCACUGCCUCCGCCUCCUGCCCCUCGGAGGUGCUUCACUUGCCCCCAGUGCCGAAAGAGCUUUCCCCGGCGGAGCUUCCGUCCGAACUUGCAGCUAGCCAACAUGGUCCAAGUGAUUCGGCAGAUGCACCCAGCCCCUGGUCGAGCGAGUCGUGGGAACGAGCAGGGCAUCUGCCCCAAACACCAAGAAGCCCUGAAACUCUUCUGUGAAGUGGACGAAGAGGCCAUCUGUGUAGUGUGCCGAGAAUCCAGGAGCCACAAACAGCACAGCGUGGUGCCAUUGGAGGAGGUGGUGCAGGAGUACAAGGCCAAACUGCAGGGCCACUUGGAACCACUGAAGAAGCACUUGGAGGCUGUGCAGAAGAUGAAGGCCAAGGAGGAGAGGCGGGUGACCGAGCUAAAGAGCCAGAUGAAGUCAGAGCUGGCAGCAGUGGCCUCAGAGUUUGGGCGGCUGACACGGUUUCUGGCCGAAGAGCAGGCAGGGCUGGAGCGGCGCCUCCGAGAGAUGCAUGAAGCCCAGCUGGGGCGUGCAGGAGCAGCAGCCAUCCGCCUCUCAGACCAGGCUGCCCAGCUGAGCCGCCUGCUGGCGGAGGCCCAGGAGCGGAGCCAGCAGGGGGGCCUGCGGCUGCUCCAGGACAUCAAGGAGACUUUCAAUAGGUGUGAAGAAGUACAGCUGCAGCCCCCAGAGGCCUGGUCCCCUGACCCGUGCCAACCCCAUAGCCAUGACUUCCUGACAGAUGCCAUCGUGAGGAAAAUGAGCCGGAUGUUCUGUCAGGCUGCCCGAGUGGACCUGACGCUGGACCCUGACACGGCUCACCCAGCCCUGAUGCUGUCCCCUGAUCGCCGUGGGGUCCGCCUGGCAGAGCGGCGGCAAGAGGUUGCUGACCACCCCAAGCGCUUCUCGGCUGACUGCUGUGUACUGGGGGCUCAGGGCUUCCGCUCUGGCCGGCACUACUGGGAGGUAGAGGUGGGCGGGCGGCGGGGCUGGGCAGUGGGUGCUGCCCGUGAAUCAACCCAUCACAAGGAAAAGGUGGGCUCUGGGGGGCCCUCCGUGGGCAGUGGGGAUGCCAGCUCCUCGCGCCAUCACCAUCGCCGCCGCCGCCUCCACCUGCCCCAGCAGCCUCUGCUCCAGCGGGAAGUGUGGUGCGUGGGCACCAAUGGUAAACGCUACCAAGCGCAGAGCUCAACGGAGCAGACACUGCUGAGCCCAAGUGAGAAACCACGGCGCUUUGGUGUGUACCUGGACUACGAGGCUGGGCGCCUGGGCUUCUACAACGCGGAGACUCUGGCCCACAUCCACACUUUCUCGGCUGCCUUCCUGGGCGAGCGUGUCUUCCCUUUCUUCCGGGUGCUCUCCAAGGGUACCCGCAUCAAGCUCUGCCCUUGAUUGGCCUGCCACCCGCAGGGGCCCCCCUGGUCAGCACUGGGGGGGCGGGUGGUGGUGGAGGGUGGCCCACAAGUUUGGGGGCUCAAAGGCUCCUUUCCAAUGUUUGUUAUUGCGUUGCCUCCCGCUCCCCCUUGAUCCCAGGCCCCUGCUUCUCCCUCUAGGAGCCUAAAGAACCUUCCUGGCCUCCAGCUCCGCCUUCUCUCACCUACUAUGUCUGUCCCAACAGGUCUGCAUGGGUCCCUGAAAAUGAGAACAGCUGCCUGGCCUUCCCUCCCUUGUCUGCCCAGCCCAGCCCAGCCCCUGGGGUCAGAGUCUAAGCUGGGAGUAGGGGAAGAGGAAAGAUUUCAUUCCUUAACUUCUUUUCCCCACCUCUGUCAUUUCUGAAGCUGGAGGGUUUGGGCAAGACUCAUGACAUCCCCAUCUUCCAUUUUCUGAUACCAACUUUUAGCUAAGGGAUUUGGAAGCUGUUUUGGGGAGGCAGGCUGGAGAAAAGGGUAGAGCUGGGUAAUAAAUGUGUACUCUCCUGGGAAUUGGGAGGGAUUCUAAACUUUCCUUCCUUCCCCUAUUUCUACCUCCAUAGACCGGCCAGACUUUAGCUUCAAUGAGAGAUCUGGAGUGGUCAACAUGAUUGAACCUACAUACCAUUACACCAUCCAAUAAAUUAUUUGCUCCCUCUUUUUUCCAGCACUCACUCUAGGAGCAAAGCUCACCCCACUCCCACCCCUCCAGGUCUUUCACUGCCAGGCUCCUUUCCCCUUUGUUCAAUGGAAUUACUUACACAACUUAUUUCUCAGUUCCCAGCAUCUCUCCAUGCCUUCAGUUCCAUUUGGCAACCUGAUGGGGUGCCUGGGAACAGGGGUUUGGAUCCCCAUGAGAAGAACCUUGGGUAUAAUCUAUUUUUCUAGUAACCCCUUACCUUUUGUCACUUACCAGCUUUUGCCCUCUGCUUUAAUGCCGAGGUCGAUUCAUGUUCUAGGGGAAAGGGAGAUGUGGGUUGUGUUGUGGAAAUGAAUAAAAGUUUAUUUGCUUCUUCUAUGGAGUUUAUUCCUUUAGAUGGGCAGGAACUGAGAUGUAACUUAGAAGUAAUUUGAUUCCUUUUUUCUACACAGUUAACUCAUACUUCUAGUGAAUAAAAAAAAAGAUGACAGAAAACGUAGGGCACUUCUACCUGGUUGAAUUUCACCUUUUGCCUUGGGGAUAGAGCUGCCACAUUUCUUACCCGGCAGAACCCCAUCUGCACAGGGAUGUAACUCCUGCCCUACUUAGUUUCUCUUGCUGGCUCUCAAGCCCAGAGCCUAGAAACAUUUUUCAGAGCCCGAUUGUGAACUAUUUGAGUCCCAUGAAGUUAAAGUUACACCUUCAGUAGACUGCAUUUAUCUUUAAGUCAUUGCUUAAGAAAAUUGUACAGAGCAAAUGGCAAUGGCUUUAGGCUGUAAGCUGGGUUUGAACUAUUCCAUGCCUGUUACAACUACUAAAUUCCAGCAUUCCCUAUAAUAAUGGUGUAGUCUGAAGACCAGCAGCAUGGCUGGAAUCUCAGGUCCCACCAGACCUUCCUCAAUGAGAAUUUGCACGAGGUCUAAUUCUUAUAUGUAAUAAAGCAGAAGCAGCAGGGCUAAACCAGUAAAGCCAGUUUUAUGAUUAUAUAUAGGAGUAGCUUAAGACCACACCAGCCAAUCUCUCAUCUCUAAUUAAAGAGGAACGAAGGUGGCAACUCUUCCGAUGAGUUUACUUGAAGAUUUAAAAAAAUCAUUUUAACACCAUGACCCAAGUAACAGAGAUUAACUUCAAGUUUCAAAAUGUUUCCUAGCUUAUAUUCAUAAACUUUUGAAAGAGUGAUAUUUUUCAGUUCUUUUGUGUUAGGUGACUUAAGCCUGCCGUUCUUAAAUGGACUGUAGCCCCCUUCCCUCAGGAACAUUCUCUGUAGGUUUUAGGCCCUAAGAAUCUGUACCAAAAUAUGGGCCACUACGAUGGUACAAGUUCAAGAAACCUUAUCCCUACAUAACUUUGCAGGAACACCAUAUUGCAUUCCAGCAACACUACAGGAAGCCUACAUAAACUGUUGUAUCAAAGCCUUGUUUACCUGUUUCAUCAUCUGCUUUCAGUUUGUGAACACGUUAACUGAAGAGAUUUUUAAAAAAAUCCAUAUGCAGUAGUGACAGAAGUGGCUGUUGUGCUUAUCAGAGAAAGACACUUUCAAAAAGUCAGAAAGCCAGUUUAUUUCUAAAGCUCUGCCAUAUAAAUUUCUACCGAGUGCCGAUGGUCACCUGCCACACUCGCACCAGGUUAUCUGUGUAGCCAGCAAAGAGAGUCUGCAAGAAAAGAGAAAUUUUAUCUGAUUAAGGCAGGUAGGAGCCAUGGAACUCUACAGUUCACUAGUCAGCAAAGAUGACUCUUCUUUUUAAGAUCCCUGUUGUUCUAAACCAGACUGCAGGUGGUGACUAUACAUUCCUACAAUAAAACUGGUUCUAAGGGCUUUUUUUUAUUUAAAGGACUUAUACAUUUGUUAACUGGUCAAGUUAAUCAAGGUAUUUACUGAAAGGCAGCUAACCAAUAUCCUCCAGAUCAAUCUUUCCUCAUGCAGGAACAUGUACCGUGUGUUCACUGGUAGGCCUAGUUAAGUUUUGCUAAAUAAGCACAGCAAACCUUUCAUCAUACUAUAUGUUAAAGGUGGUGGUCUUGUGACUGAUAGACUAAAUCACACCAGACUAAUCACACCAAGAGCAGAAAAGGUGGAAGGUGAGUCAACCUGAGAAGACGGACCCACUUACCUGGCCAUCAGCAGACCAGGCCAGAGAAGUGCACUGGGGUGGCUCGGCCUUGCUACUGGUGCUGAUAACUUCCUGCUUCAGUUCAUCUACGAUGAUCUUGCCCUCCAAGUCCUGGGAAAAAGGGCAAGCACAAUACUUAAUGCCACUGACGCUUCUCUCAUGCGGCCCGACUAAUGCUCUCCAAGACAUUCCAAAAUCAACAGGCGAAGACUAUGCCUCUCUAACCCCUGCUGGGGACAUUAGGUAAUUUAUAGACACGUUUGGUUAUAAUUAAUGGAGGAAGUGGGUUUCCUACUGUCCAACUAGUGGGUGGGGUCCAAGGGUGUAAAAUACUAAAUACCCUACAAGGUACAGAGCAGUCCUCUUAUAAGACUUUUCCAGCUCCAAAUGUCAUUUGCUCUGCAGUUGAGUAAGCGCUAUAAUUGGGUAUUCCUCUAGCUAAUCCCAGGAAGUUUUAACCCACCCUUCCUCGGUCUCUUGAUGACUUGAUGGCUGGCAGUUCAGAAAGCUUUAAUCUCAGCAGGGAGUCUGAUGGUAUAUUGGGAAAUCACAACACUGACUAGGGAUCCCAGCAUGCAGCCAGAUAUUUAGCCUGACCCUCAACCCAUACUCACCCAUAUCUUGAUGCUGGGGCCUGUGGCAGCACAGAGCCAGUAACGGUUGGGGCUGAAGCACAGAGCAUUAAUGAUGUCCCCACCAUCUAGGGUAUAGAGGUGCUUGCCUUCGUUGAGGUCCCACAGCAUGGCCUGGCCAUCCUGGACAGACAGGGAAGUGAGUUAGGGCAACGAGACCUCUUCCACAUGUUAAUCCCACCCGUCCCAAGGUUGUAUCCUAAUCAAGUUUUAACCUUUCCCCCAAUUUCUUGUAAGCUCAUGACGCAAAUACUAAUAUUUAUCUCAGUAUACUUUUCAAUUAAUACAGGACACCCCCCAAAUGUAUGAAGAAAUCCUGACAACUUACAAUUCACUAUAAUCAACUCUGAAAUUACAAAAGCCUAACCUCAUCAACUGCUUCAACAAAUCGGCUUUACAGAAAACAAUCCUUUCAACAGAAUACCUUAUCUGUAUUAUUUUUAAAAAAUGAUCUUCAGAAACUCUAUUUCUGUAUUUAUCUUACUAUCUCAUCAAGUAUUCUUUCUACUAUACUGUGGAAACUCCUGGCCCCUGAAUACCUUGCCUCCUGAAGCACAGAGGGAUCCAUCUGGAGAGACAGUCACAGUGUUCAGGUAGCCUGUGUGGCCAAUGUGGUUGGUUUUCAGCUUGCAGUUAGCCAGGUUCCAAACCUAAGUUGAUAGAGAGGUAGGGUCCACACAGGUGAGGAACUUGGCUCCAGAUGAGCCAAGGUGUAGGAUUCAGGGCCCCAACAAAAAAGGCAUGACACCUGUUUAAAAGUACUCCUGGGUAGGGCAGCCAUUUAUCACACACACACAAAAAAAAAAAAAAAAUUAAAGAAUUUGCCUUGGCCAUUUAAGGACAGUUGGGAUUAAAAUGGGUACCAAAUACUCUGGGUGCAGUCCUACAAGGGACUUGGGGCUCAUUUGCUACUUGAGAACACUGCAGACCAAAUAACAAAAACGAACAGCUGAUACUGAGAAAAAUAACAGCAAGAGGAAAAAAGUCAAGUCAGAGUGUGGGGUAAAAAAUUUAACUUUACCCAAAGAAUCUAGUCUUUGUGCUUGGUUCCUGCGAUAACCUCUAAAACAGAGUAUCCCUAGUAACUGAGUGUUUUUAUUAAGAGAACCCUAGAUCUGACAUCAUGAUAAUGAGGUGAUUCAAGUAGAGGGUGGCCAGGCCAGAAAGACCCAAGGGGAACCUCAGGGAAGGGAAGCAAAAUUCAAUCAUGCCUAUGUAACGAGGUCCCCAAAAGACUCUAGUCAGGGAAGCUCCAAGGGCUUCCUGGUUGGCAAAAGACAGUGAUGGACACGGGUGGGUAGUGUCCCUUUUGGGGCCGGAAGCUCCAUGUUGGCAACGCUAUCCAGUAUCCAGAUGCUGCCCUAAUGAAGCUGUAACCCAGUAAGUGUAACACUUUCUGUGAGUCAUUAUAGUGAAUUAUCAAACCCAAGGUAGUGGGAAGAUCCCAGAUUUGUAGCUAUCAGGUCAGAAGUGAGGGUGUCACAGGGGACUCCCAAGCUUGUGACCAGCACGAAGUCUCGGGAAGACCUGGCAUCUAGAGAACACUAACAUUUAGCUUGUGAGAUCUGACCUAACUCCAGGUGGUUGGUUAGGAUGAAAGGCAUGCUGGACAGAAAUGUCUCAGGAGAGAAUCUGCAAAGGUUUCCGAGUUGGAGCCUAUGACCAUCUAGAUGCAAUGGGAGCAGUUUCUGGCUGGUAAAGGCCUUGUGGCCCUGGUUCCAAGCUCACCUUGACCAACUUAUCCCAGCCACAGGAAACGAUGAUGGGGUUGCUGCUGUUGGGGGAGAAGCGGACGCAAGACACCCACUCCGAGUGGCUCUCAUCCUACAGGAGACAGAGAAAUAAGGGGAAACAUUCUGGCCCAUGAAACUCUAGACCACUAUUCCUCCUCUCAGCUAUGUGAGACGGAUGCUAGCAGUCUUAUAUUCUCGUCCCGAAACUUUUAGAUGCCAGACAAUACUUGAAACCACCACACGUGAUUAACGUUUAAGAGGAAGAGCGGGAAUGAACCUCAAAGAUGCACUCUUUCCCCCAUGCCUUCACUUUACCUGUACAGUGUACUUGCAGACACCCAGAGUAUUCCACAGCUUGAUGGUUUUAUCUCGGGAGCCAGAGACAAUUUGCCGGUUGUCAGAAGAGAAGGCCACACUCAGCACAUCCUUAGUAUGGCCCACAAAUCGUCGUGUGGUGGUGCCCCUAAGAAGGAGGACCUGGUCACUCUCUACAGACACCUUGCAAACUUUCUCCUACCACAGUCACAUCAUUUUCCGGGCCUUGUCCCUGUCCCCAGGGGAUUUUCUUUACUCAGAUAACCCAAGCUAUGGCUCUGACUACAGCAAGCUUUUGUCUGAGUAUAUGCCAGAGAAUCCCUCAGAAUUGCAGGACAUGUCCUCACUCCCACAUGGGGAUCAGCUGACAAUGUCAUCUGUCAUCACCAGGAUGCUCCAUUAUAAUUGUCACCAGCUGACCAACACCCAGGACAGAGCUACCAAGGCCAAACAUUUUCAAACCACUGUGUGUACUCCUAACUGCUUCACUCAAUUCAAAUUGCCCACAUGGCACUGUUGUUAUAAUGCUUGGCUGCUAACCAAAGGUUGGUGGUUUGAACCCACCAGCCACUCCACAGGAGAAAGAUGUGGCUGUCUGCUUCUGUAAAGAUUUAUAGCCUUGGAAACCCUAUGGGGCAGUUCUACUGUCUUCUAGGGUCUCUCUGAGUCUGAAUCAACCAAGGAGGGAGGACUCAGCCAUUUUCCUCAUUUCUGCCCAGCUUUCCCCCCAAGGCCCCAAAGCUAAGCGAGCAGGUACUUGCGUUGUGAGAUCCCAGAGGCGCAGUGUCCCAUCCCAGGAGCCAGAGAGGGCAAACUGGCCAUCAGAGGAGAUAACCACGUCACUAACAAAGUGAGAGUGGCCACGCAGAGCACGCUGGGGGAUGCCAUAGUUGGUCUCAUCCCUAGUCAGCUUCCACAUGAUGAUAGUCUUAUCUACGGAGAGAUAAAACAAAAAGUAAACCCAUUGAGAAACUCUGCCCUCCUCUAUACUAGCCAUCCUGCCAGUCUGAACUCUGCAGCUACCUUGCUGAUUACUGGAUAAUCCAAAAUGUCUCGAGGUCAUGGGUUUACAAGAUGACAAAUUACAGAGAAGCUUGACAAGAAGGUAAACUAUACGCUAGUAAGAAGUUACUUGCUGGAAUAGAGAGAUAAAACUAAAAAGUCUUUCAUACAAAUGUAAAUCAGGGGUUCAGAAUUUUGCUAGGGGCUGAGACUGAGAUCAAUUCAAUAACCCUUUCGUGUCCUAUCUGAGGUCUAAUGCAGAAACAGAGCAGCCUGGGUGUAGAGGACUCGUCGUGGGCACCGGGACUAUUUUUGAGGAUUGCCAGAAGUGAAUCAGUGUUGGAAAGUUGUUCUGCACGCUACAGGGUUGGAUGAUUUCACUAAAACGUGUCCUACACUAUAAACUUUACAAUUAAGGGCCAGCCCUAAUCCUAGCUUCAAAAAACUCCCAGUGUGGGAGCAUUUGGAAAGCACAGGAAGCCUCCAAACGCACUCAGGCCGACCGAGAAUGUGAGGAAGAGAAGCCAGGGCAUAGAGUAGGUGCCGGUCAAAUCCAGGUUUGUGCCAUGGAGCUCCCCUGGAGACCACCAAUUCCCAAAAGAGCCGAGGGCCGGGCGACAGCUCAGAAACAGCCUCUGGGUCUCAGCACCUAUGCUCAGAUGGCAUGUUGUAAUCAUCACCGCUCCGCCAGGCCUGUAGGCUCGUGGGCACAACUAGCUACACCGUGCAGAAGCGUGAAGGCUAUAAAGAAACCUCCCACCCUCCUGGCGGCCACAGGCUGUUCCUCGGUACUUCAUUAGCAAUGAUGGGAAUGCCUUACCGGGCUCAGCCGGGUCACAUGUCCCCCCUCAAACCCCGGCGGAGUCUUUCGGACCCGCGACUCGCGCACCACAGCCCAGCCUCGUAAGGCGCGCAACCCUCCUCCUGCACCUUAGUACGUACCUCGCGAGGCAGACAGUAUCAUGUCCGGGAACUGUGGAGUGGUAGCGAUCUGGGUAACCCAUCCGUUGUGGCCCUUGAGGGUGCCACGAAGGGUCAUUUGCUCAGUCAUGACGGCGGCGGGUGCGAGGGUCGCCGCAGCGACGAGGAUGGCACCAGAUAGCUCAGAGAGACCAGCAGCACCGGCGCUCUGGCCGCGGCCCUGCGUAGAAAAA